UAUCCAUCUCCAGAUCGAUCGACGAUGGUGAUCAAACUCGGCGCCGGCGCCAUCGGGGUGUUUGUCUGCCUGUCGCUCGUCUUCUUCGUCGGGCACGGGCAGCCCGUGCUGGCCGACGGUGGCAGUGGCAAGAAGCACGAUGACGUUGCGGACACGGUUAUGAAGGAAGUGGCCAAGGCCAUGGACAAAAACGAUCGCGUCGGCGCCGCCCUCGUCCGGUUGCUCUUUCACGACUGCUGGGUCCACGGCUGCGAUGGAUCCGUGCUCUUAGACAGGACGCCGGACGGCGGCAGCACGGAGAAGGACGCGAUAAACAACAUCGGCCUCGAGGGCUUCGACCUGAUCGACAGGAUCAAGGGCAAGGUCGGCGAAAGCGUCUCCUGUGCCGACAUCGUCGUGCUGGCCGCCCGGGACGCGGCCUUCAUCCUCAGCCGUGGCAACAUCGCCUACAACGUCACGAUGGGCCGCAUGGACGGCGUGGUCUCAUCGGCGCACGACGCCGACGCCGUCCUCCCUCCUUCCACGUUCAACUUCACGCAGCUCAAGGCCAACUUCGCCGCCAGGAACUUCACCCAGACGGAGCUCGUCGUCCUCUCCGGCGCGCACGCCGUCGGCGUCGCCCACCUCUCGUCGUUCCGCGACCGGCUCGACAACGCCACCGCCACCCCGAUCAGCGUCAGGUACCAGAACGCGCUCCGCGACCAUGUCGAGGGCAAGACGACGGAGGCGGUGCCCGACCCGACGGAGAUGAACAACAUCCGCGACAUGGAGUUGGCCUUCCGGAACGCCUCCGGGUACAACGCCACUGGGGUGGACACGUCGAGGGCGGCGAGGGGGGUCCUGGACAACAGCUACUACCACGCCAACCUCCAGAACAAGGUGCUCUUCAGGUCCGACUGGGAGCUGCGCAACGACACCACCGGCGCCGCCGGGAGGGACAUGAGGGAGUUCAGAGACAACGCCGCCACGUGGUACCUGCUAUUCGGCAAGGCCAUGGCCAAGCUCAGCGAGAUCCCCGCCGAGGGCACCCGCUUCGAGAUCAGGAAGGACUGCAGAACCACCAACUGA